CAGUAAUUUAUAAAGAUGAUAUUGAAUUGGACUAGAUAUAAACAAAACAAACAUAUUUACCUUAAGGCAGUAUUUAAUCCAUUUAAAAAGCGUGCUUGUAGCGUGCCUUUUAUCCGCGAAUACCGACAAGUGCAAAAACUGUAUUGGAUUAGCCCGUAUGGUGCACUGUUAGUGGACACUUGUAUCGUGAUGCCAACGCACGGCAACUUGGCAGCCAGUUCUCUCUGGCAGCCAGCAGAACUGGCGAGGCGAAUGCUGGGAGAACGACCCUCUCCCGUGCCACCCACUAGAGAACUAUGGCCUCCUCAGGAACGCUUAAGCAUAAGCACGCUACAACUCGCGUAUCAACGAGAAUACCGACAGGAAGACUAUUCUCCGAGACGCACCUUAACACUUCCUUCUCAGCCUUACUUCUCGACGACAGUGCCAAUAGAAUGCGACGAUCGACCUCACUUUCGUUCCGUAAGCACCAAUACCGACCCUCCGCCGACAGUGUUGAGCCGCAUCAGAAACUUUUUACGAAGAGAUGAUGAUUUUUCAUCGUUUUCGAUGUCUAUUCAAACAACAAUGAGCACAGAAACUCAUGUUGAACAAAAUGCCGAAAAUCCAGCUCGACGCGCAGUAAAGAACUUGAAGAAAGCCCUAUCGGGAGCUAAGUACCGUGUAGCACCAAAUUCUGAAAAUAUAGAGAGCCCAAAAAUUGUUUACAAACCUGCGACACCUGCAGGUGAUCGGAUGAUGAUGACUUUUGGAGCCAAUAAGUCGCGAAAAUGGUUUAGACUCCCAUCUAGAUCGGACUGGUCUCGAAAACUGCGAGCAAUACGAAGUAUUUGUGGUCAACGGGCUGAAGAAUCAGGUCCGCCGCUUCGUCCACCUUUACAGAUAACUCAGGUGUGAAUACAAGGACUGUGAUUAUAAUUGAGGUGUUAAUUUUUUUUGGCUUAUAUAGUGCACGAAAUGCUUUGUAUAUUGCUAAAUACUUUGCAGUUUGAUUGUUGUGGAAUGAUGGAAUUUUGAGUAGAGUUUUGGCUAAUAAAUGUGUAUUUGUAA